AUGGUCUCCUUCUCGUGCGAGUCCUGCGGCGAUAUUCUAACAAAGAAGAAACUCGACCCUCAUCGAAAUCGUUGCCACGGCGCCACAUUCACCUGCAUUGACUGCAUGGUACACUUCUUCGGAACCGACUACCGUUCUCACACAAGCUGCAUGACCGAAGAGCAAAAAUACCAGGGCGCCCUCUACAAGGAUAAGAACAAGAAACCGAAGACUCAGAACGGCGCCAACCAACAACGAAACAACGACAACAACAUGAUGGCCCAGCACGCCUAUGUCGAGGAUGCUGAAGAGUCGUGGGCCAACUACCAAGAUUUUGGCCAGACAGAUGAUGAGAAAUCUCCAGCAGAGCUUCUCCCCGAAGCGCCCACACCGCCAGCUGCCAUCAGCGACGACAAAGUCGAUGUAUUCGAGUUCCUCGUCGCCUCCCAGACGCCAAAUGCCUCCAACCUGGAACUACCCCAAGAGCCGAAGGUACUGAUGCCCACCGAGAGCACCUCCCUGGUUCGCUACGAAGGGAAGCCUGAUGACCUCCUUGACCCAACAUCCUUCAUGGAUGAUGAUGAAGGUCUACCGCAGUACGGCGAUAGCUCCUUCGAGACACCUGCUCCCUCCAGAAGCGAGCGAAAGAAGCACAAGGAUGGCGUCAAGGGCGAUAAGAAGAGAAAGCGAUUGCACGUCGACAUUCCAUCAGACCAAGACAUGACCGAUGCUCCCCCCGUUCUCCACCAUUCUGGCCUCACCGGUGGGCUCAAGGGGAUGAUGAAAGCGCACCUUCCCCCACCGCCAGACUACUCUGGCGACGACGGGUCGGAACCGUUGCCGACCAGCCCUCUCAAAAAGACCAAGCACUCGAAGAAUCACAAGCACGGCCAGGUCAGCAACAGCCUAUUUGGCAUGCUCUCUGCUGCCACCAAGUCCAGUUCCAAGUCCAGUUCUUCCAAAACCAAGACGAAGAAGCGCAAGACCUCAUCCUCCUCCUCCAAGAAGCACUCGUCUUCUAAACACUCCAAAGAGAAGAGCCCCAAAAGCCCCAAACUAAUUGGGUACCAGCCCAAAGGCGAGAAGGGUGAAGAUUCCAAUCAAAUGGUUGUGUUCAGGCCUCGUGCCGACCUGUUCUUCGAUUUCGUCGACAAGGGCCCGGAGAGCGAGCGUGGUUGCAGCAUGAACAAGGCUCUCAAGCGAUUCCACCGGGAACGCAAGGCCGCCGGCACCGAUAUGACCAAGCACAUGGAGGAAAAAGAACUAUGGCGCUCCAUUCGACUGCGACGUAAUGAGCAAGGCGAAAUUGUCUUGUUUUCAAUUGAGUCUUAA